ACGCUUCUUCAGCGCACUUACUACCACAGUGUUACACAAUUUCAUGAAAACUGACCAAGUAUUAUUUUUACAUGUAUCUAACCCUGUUACUUGCUGUAUAUAUAGCUCUAGUGUUUCGGUAUUGGAAAAUUAUCUACACAAACACUAAUUAAUCCAAAACUUCCUCUUCAUAUCUCAAUUACUCCAUUUUAAAUCUCAAUUUAGUUCAUAAUAAUUCGAUAAUGGAUCCAAUUAAGGAAUCAUCAUCAGGAUUAGUAUUCACAGUGAGGAGGCAAAAGGCAGAGCUAAUACCUCCAGCAAAGCCAACUCCAAGUGAAACUAAGUUUCUUUCAGACAUUGAUGAUCAAGAAGGCCUUCGAUUCCAAAUUCCCGUUAUUAAUUUUUACCGUAAGGAUUCGAAUUGUUCUAUGGGAGCACAUGAUGAUCCUGUGAAAGUUAUUAAAAAGGCUAUAGCUGAAACACUUGUGUUUUACUAUCCAUUUGCUGGUCGACUCCGAGAAGGAAAUGGACGUAAACUGAUGGUGGAUUGUACUGGCGAAGGCGUUAUGUUUGUGGAGGCUGAUGCUGAUGUUACGCUUGAAGAUUUUGGAGAUGAACUUCAGCCUCCAUUUCCAUGUUUGGAAGAGCUUCUUUAUGAUGUCCCUGGCUCUGUUGGAGUUCUUAAUUCUCCUCUCAUUCUUAUUCAGGUAACUCGUCUAAGGUGUGGUGGUUUUAUCUUCGCACUGAAAUUAAAUCACACGAUGAGUGAUGCAGCCGGUCUUGUCCAAUUCAUGACUGCUAUCGGCGAAAUGGCACGUGGGGCAUCUGAGCCAUCUACCCUCCCAGUCUGGUGCAGAGAAUUGCUAAAAGCCAGAAAUCCAUCCCGAGUGACAUGCACACACCGCGAGUACGAUGAAGUACCCGAUACAAAGGGUACAAUUAUUCCAUUGGAUGACAUGGUUCACAAGUCUUUCUUUUUUGGUCCUUCUGAGGUCUCAGCACUUCGUCGAUUCGUCCCUCCUCAUUUGCGCAAAUGUUCUACAUUUGAACUGCUCACAUCAGUCCUCUGGCGUUGCCGCACAAUUUCUCUAAAACCCGAUCCAGAAGAGGAAGUCCGCGUUCUUUGCAUUGUCAACGCGCGUUCCAGGUUCAAUCCACCCUUGCCCAAUGGCUUCUAUGGGAACGCCUUUGCAUUCCCCGUAGCAGUCACGACUGCGGAGAAAUUGUGCAAAAAUCCAUUAGGAUACGCACUCGAGUUAGUGAAAAAAGCUAAGUCGGACGUGACUGAAGAAUACAUGAAAUCGGUAGCGGAUUUAAUGGUGAUGAAAGGGAGGCCCCAUUUCACUGUGGUGCGGACUUAUCUCGUGUCGGACGUGACUCGGGCCGGAUUCGGAGAAGUGGAUUUUGGAUGGGGGAAAGCAGUGUAUGGUGGACCGGCUAAAGGAGGAGUAGGGGCAAUUCCUGGUGUGGCUAGCUUUUACAUACCAUUUAGAAACAAGAAUGGUGAAAAUGGAAUUGUGGUCCCUGUAUGUUUGCCUGCUUUUGCAAUGGAAAUAUUCGUGAAGGAGCUUGAUAGCAUGUUGAAAGGUGGUGAUCCAUUCGUUAACACAAACUAUGCCAUUAUCAAACCUGCCCUUUGAGAUGUUAAUUAGAUAAUUAGAAGGCCAAAGAAAUUGUCAUUAAUUCCACAUCUUGUACCGGGUGUAAUUUCUUCAAUUGUUGCAAGUGUGCUGUUUUCACUGUGUGUUUAUAUUUUGAUCCUAUUGUAAUGGUCAAUUUCGAUUGGAUAGCAAAUAAAGACUGCUAUUUAUGUGAUUA